AUGAGUCCUCUGAGGCUGCGAGCGUCUCUCUCGCUGCUGCUGCUGGGUGGCUACCUCCUCGAGGGCGCCGGGAGAAACCAGGGGGCGGCCGGCAGCGCGGUCGAGUCGGCCCCGGGCCCCGCGGGCGGCUCCUCCGGUCGCUUCGUCAGCCCCGAGCGGCAUGCGUGCAGCUGGCAGCUCCUGCCGCCCGCCCAAGGGCCCGCAGCGGGCAGCGAGCUGGCGCUGCGCUGCCAGGCCCCGGACGGGGCGCGCCACCAGUGUGCCUACCGCGGGGAGCCGGGGCGCUGCCCGGUCUAUGCCGCCAGCCGCUCGCACUACUGGAAGCAGGUGCUGGGUGGGCUGCGCAGGAAGCGGCGGCCCUGCCACGACCCCGCGCCACUCAAGGCCCGCCUGUGCGCGGGCAAGAAGGGCCAGGGCGCGGAGCUGCGCCUGGUGCCCCAUGCAUCCCCAUUCGUCAGCCCUACUGGGGCGGCCUUUCACCGGGAUCCCAAGCUCCGGGCCAGGAGCCGGGGGCAGCCCCGAGAGGCCGCGCGCAGCCCCACCGCAGGGGCCCCGCCUCCCCAGAACGCGCCGCCCAAAGUGAAGCCCUCUGAGAAGAAGACCAAAGGAGGCAAGAGAAAGGCUGCCUGGAACCCAGACGAGGAGCGAUCUCUGGGGACCCGGCCCGAUCCCGACGAGCUGAACGAGAACGCGAAGCUCACGGAGACCUACUGUGCUGAGAAGUGGCAUUCCCUCUGCAACUUCUUUGUCAAUUUCUGGAAUGGCUGA